CAAGAAAGCCUCAAGACACAACAUCAAGAGGUCCAGCCAUGGCGCCCAUGGUGGAGUGGUUGCCAUGGUUUGGAUCGGCGGUGGCGAGCGCCAUCUUCUUAUGGUCCAUGGUGCAGAACCACGUCCCGGACACCCUCCGUCUCUACCUCACCACCCGGGCAGCCAAGCUCGCCGCCUGCUUCAACCCUUACCACGAGAUCACCAUCUCCGAGUACGGCGCCAAGCGAUUCCAGCGUAGCGAAUUUUUCCUCGCUGUCGAGGCCUACCUGAGCGAUGCCUGUGCUCACCAUGCACGGAGGCUCAAGGCCGAGCUCGGCAAGGACAGCAAGAACCCCCAAAUCACCGUCGACGACCACGAGGAGGUCACCGACGACUUCUCCGGAACCACACUCUGGUGGUAUGCCUCCAAGCAGCAAUCCAAGGCUAACGUCAUCAGCAUAUACCCAGGCCGGGAUGAGAAGCGAUUCUACCGGGUCGUCUUUCAUAGGCGACACCGUGAACUCGUUGUUGGCUCCUACCUACCAUUUGUCCUCAGCAAGGUCCGUGCCGUCACCAUCAACAACCGCCAACGCCGCCUCUUCACCAACAACGCCGGCGGUAGCUGGAACCCUCACCGGGCCAAGAGCGUUUGGAGCCACAUCGCAUUCGAGCACCCAGCGACGUUCGACACGCUUGCCAUGGACCCCGAUCAGAAGGAGGCCAUCAUCAACGACCUCAUGGCCUUCCAGGAGGGCAAGGAGUAUUAUGCAAAAGUCGGCAAGGCAUGGAAGCGUGGGUACCUCCUAUACGGUCCUCCUGGCACGGGCAAGUCCACUAUGAUUGCCGCCAUGGCCAAUUUCCUCGACUACGACGUCUACGACCUCGAACUCACGGCCGUCAAGAACAACACCGAGCUGCGGAAGCUCUUCAUCGAGACAACAGGCAAAUCCAUCAUCGUCAUAGAAGACAUUGACUGCUCCGCAGACCUCACUGGAAAACGCCACAAGGACAAGAAGGCUUCUGGCGAUAAGGAAUCUGAUGACGAUGACAGACCCAAGCUACCAAUGGAGCCAGAGAAGGACGAUGACACCAAAGUGACGCUCUCUGGCCUGCUCAACUUCAUCGACGGGCUGUGGUCGGCCUGCGGAGGUGAGCGGAUUAUCAUCUUCACGACCAAUCACAAGGAGAAGCUGGACCCUGCACUGAUCCGGCGGGGCAGGAUGGACAAGCACAUCGAGAUGUCCUACUGUCGUUUCGAGGGAUUCAAGGUGCUCGCCAAGAACUACAUGGACGUCGUCGAGCACGAGCUGUUCGGCGAGAUCCAGCAGCUGCUCGAGGAGAUCGACAUGUCGCCUGCUGAUGUGGCGGAGAACCUAAUGCCCAUGUCAAAGAAGAAGAAGAGGGACCCCGAUGUGUGCUUGGCAGGCCUCAUCAAGGUGCUCAAGCAGGCCAAGGAAGACGCGGCAGCGGCAAAGGCUAAGGAGGAAGAGGAGGCCAAGGAGGCUGAAGCGAAGAAAGCCAAGGAUAAAAAGGAGGGGGAGGCCAAGAAAGACGAAGGGAAGGACAAAGCAUUGGAGGAAGCCAAUGGAGACCUCAUCAAGCAAGGUGACAAGUGAAGUUACAGGAGUUGAGUGUUCCCUUACAAACACAAAAGGAUGCAGUGUUUGUUCAAAUAAAAUAUAUAUCACUCAACUGCAAUAAAAUAAUUAAAUAAAUAAAUAACAUUGCUUUCUCUUCUCCA